GGGGAAGAAUUCCGCAAAAGCAGAGAGAGUUACUAGUCGGAUCCCCUUCUUCUCUCUUUCAUUCUCACACAGUCAAAGUCUUGCACAAAAUGGGUCGCCUCCUCGCCGUCAAUUCUCUAUCCCCUCUCCUCCUCCUCACUACUUGCUCUCUUCUUUACGGCAGAGUGCGGCCGACGACGUUCAAGAUAGUGAACAAGUGCCGGCAUACAGUAUGGCCCGGAGUUUUGACCGGAGCUAACCGGCCAAUCCUCUACCCGACUGGAUUCAAGCUCAAGAGUGGCCAAUCCAAGACUCUUUCUGUGCCCGCCUCUUGGUCGGGUCGGGUAUGGGGCCGGACAUACUGCUCCAGGGAUUCCGCCGCAAAAUUCACAUGUGCCACCGGCGACUGCGGAUCUGGGAAGAUAGCCUGCGCGGGAGGCGGGGCUAUACCCCCAGCCACCUUGGCCGAGUUCACACUCAACGGCGACCAGGGGCUGGACUUCUACGACGUCAGCCUCGUGGACGGGUACAACCUGCCGAUGCUGAUUGUGGCGAAGGGCGGCAAGAGCGGGGGCUGCGCCGCCACCGGUUGCUUGGUGGACUUGAAUCGGGCCUGCCCGGCGGCCCUGAGGGUGGCGCGUGGGAAAGGGAGGGGCAGUGAGUGUGUGGCUUGCAAAAGCGCUUGCUUGGCAUUCAACGACCCUGUAUACUGCUGCAGUGAAGCCUACGCGACGCCGGACACUUGUCACCCGUCCGCCUACUCCCUCUACUUCAAGCACGCCUGCCCCCGAUCUUACAGUUACGCCUACGAUGACAAGACUAGCACCUUCACCUGCUCCGGCGCCGAUUACUUGAUCUUGUUCUGUCCGCCCCCUUAUACCAGCCUGAAAGUUCUCACAGUGCAGAGGCAGGCUGCGGACUUGCCACUCGUCAACAAAACUAUGUUGUACCUCGGAAGGCAUCAUGGGAGUGGUAUGCCUUAAUUAAUGGCGCGACUCGCUUGUUUCGUGCAGCAGUUCACAUUCAAUUAUAUGCCUAACCUUGGGUUGGUCCUUCAGGUUGAUGUUUAGAACAGCAGCCGUAGGCAACAUUUGCCUUUGUGUGUGUAAAUUUGGUGUGCUUAAGCCUAAGGGACACUGGCUCAGACCAAUUUUGGUUUGGUGUUUAGGUCUAUGAUUUGGUUUGUUAGUAAUAUUGUAGACCACUAAAUUACUCACUACUGU